UCGUCCUAUUUAGUACUCAAUAGUUGCCAAUCAAGAGCUGCCAAUCAAGAGCCCAGAACUAGAUCAGAUGGUGAAAUCCAGCCAAGUAAAAGCUACAUCAUGUCCUAUUGUUCCAUCAACGGCGAAACCAUGCCUAACAAAAGCAACAGCACCAAGUUCGGAAAAGAACAAAAUGAGAGGAAAAAGAAGGUAGUGAAUGAGAGGAAUAGCGGAGAUGUUGAGGUGGAGACAAAGGGGGUCAAUGGCGAGGAGUAGCAGAGAAAAAGGCUCUUAUUGUGGUGGUUUUUCGUGAGCAAAGGUGAAUUUUACAGGGUCAUCAAGAUUAAUUUGAGUUC